UUCUGUGUAAUUUGCUUCGCUUUAAAUCGAAAAAGAGUGAUUCGACUCGCGCAGAAAAACGGAAACAGUGGUCCUAUGACCGGAAGAGGCGACACAUACGGCAGUGUUUUGUUUUAGACACAGUAGCACUACGUAGCUUGAAACAGUGACGUUUGCUUUUAAUGUUAUUGUAAAAAAAGAGAGAGAGUCUGAGCUCGACAACGAACCAAAGGUUUUACCCUAACAUAUUCGACCAUGGAGGAGCCCACUGGGUCUGGUGUUUUCUGCAGCAGGAUGCUCAGCAUGGUCAACUCGGAGGACGUUAAUGCCAUCAUUCAGGCUCAGAGGCACAUGCUUGACCGCUUUGAGAAAACCAAUGAAAUGCUGAUCAAUUUCAACGGACUUUCUAACGUUCGGCUGCAGCAGAUGAACGAGCGCUUCCUGCUUCACACUCGUACCCUAGUGGAGAUGAAGAAGGAUCUAGACAGCAUCUUCAGGAGGAUCAGGACACUUAAAGGGAAAGUUUCUAAACAAUAUCCCGAAGCCUUUAGCAAUAUUCACGAGUCGCCAAUUUCAGAGGAUGACGAUGAUGAUUUUGACCCAGUUCCCCAUAGCAUUGCGACAACAAUUACAACGGCAAACUCAGAGCAGAGUACAGAGUCAUGUGACCUGAGUCCAGACGUGAUCUCACCAACUGUAAGCAGAUGUUCGUAAGAGCUUUCUCAAGAACCAUCUGACACAUCCACUUAUGACAUCCUGAGCAGUGCAGUCCUGCAGGAUGAAGGACCAGACUCUGUGCCCACUGAAUAGAGUGCCCACUUUCUUCUUGGAUUUUGAAAAAUUAAACUUAAAAAGCCAUUUUAGCAGGACAUCGUGGCAUACCUAUAACUGUGUUUUGUACAAUAACAGUGCGUGUUAACCUUCCAGUCAUUGAACUUUCUUUGAAGAGAGAUACAACCAAGAGGCGGCCCCUAGGAUGCUCUGAAAAAUUGUCAUAUUUUUGUCCCUAGUCUGCACUGCACAUAUAUGUGGCAUAACGCUUAAGGUUGCAUAGUACUUCAGACUGUUUUUUAAUGAAAAAAAAAAGUUGAACUCAUGGUUCAUAUUGUCAACUUUCGUGUUUGUUACCAUUUUUUUUAUCUGGUGUUGUAUACAGGUUACUUACUUGGGUGUACUUCAUACAGCCUUGUUAGAACCACAAUGUUAAUUUAUCUUUUUUUUUCAUAGGGGGUCAUAUUUUGCUGACAACUUGUUUUUGUCUCUUCCAUCCAUCUAGCUAAGAUUGAUUGAAUUAUGUGUCACUGAUGUAAUCACUGUGUCAUGUUGUCAUGCAACAUUCAGUUCAUCAUACAUGAAAUUUUGAGAAUGUAAUUAAAAAAAAUACUUCUAAGUG